AACAGGAAGAUACAGUUUUAAGCACAGGAUGCUCUUCCUUUAGAGCACCUCAGCAUCGAAUUGAAGUGCUCAGAGGCUUUUAAGAGGGCGUGCCAGUCCCUCACCGCCAGUAAACAUGGAGGAGUGCAUGAGGCUAUGGCCAAGUUUAAUGAUAGGUGCCAAACCAAUGUCAAACCGCUAGGGUAUGUGACCCCAAUUAACCGCUGUAGACAAUUUUUGUGAUUAAUGAACAGCUAGCUCAGGGUUUCCCAAACUCGGUCCUGGACAAUUUUUGUGAUUAAUGAACAGCUAGCUCAGGGUUUCCCAAACUCGGUCCUGGCCCAUUAUCUUUCAAUAUAAUGGAAAAUCCCCAACUUGGAAACAACAUGCUGUCAGACAAUGCCAUCAAUAUGCUGUUGCGUACCAGUGAAUUAAAUGUGUAGGGAACCACUUGUCCAAGGCCAGGCAACCCUACUCCUGAAUUCAUGUUUUUGUUUUAACCAACAUGGAAGACCAGGUGUGACUGAUCAAUUAGCUCAGUUGGUCUGGUGUGGUGCCGAGUUGGGACAAAAUCCUCCAUUAUCUGUGGCACUUUGGGAACAGGGUGAUCUACCCCUGCACUAUAUUUAUAUUGGUUUAUAAACUAAUGUGAUAGACAUCCCUGUCAGAGUGGUUAAUUGUCCACUUCUGCUUUCUGGUGAAUUUUUCAAACUUUUUCCCAAGACAAAGAUCUGACUUCAACUCUGGUCUUACUUUGCUUCAAUAAGGUAACGAUCAGGACCCUCCGCUAAGACCUUUUUCAGUUGAUUGUUACACAUUUGUAUAUCACAUCUUUCUAUUAAAAAUAUUUAUUUGAUGAAGUUAUCGAAUCUGGUCUCCUCGAUUCCUCAUGCAAUCAUUUGUGUUUUAUGACAGGGCUUCUGAUAUUUGUGUUUUAUGACAGGGCUUCUGAUAUUUGUGUUUUAUGACAGGGCUUCUGAUAUUUGUGUUUUAUGACAGGGCUUCUGAUAUUUGUGUUUUAUGACAGGGCUUCUGAUAUUUGUGUUUUAUGACAGGGCUUUUGAUAUUUGUGUUUUAUGACAGGGCUUCUGAUAUUUGUGUUUUAUGACAGGGCUUCUGAUAUUUGUGUUUUAUGACAGGGCUUCUGAUAUUUGUGGAAUUAACCCUCCCCCUCUUUUUUUGUCAACAAGGAGUUUUCUGAUUGGUUUCUUGCCCUGCGUGCUCCUUGCCUUGCAUGAUCCCUGCUUUGGAGAGAUGGUCACGUUGACGAUGCCAAAGCGAUUCAGAUCUGGUGCAUAGCCAUUCUAUUAGCAGACGUUAAAUCUGGUAGUCUGUUGCUCGUUCCAGGCGCGCUGAAUGGACACUAAAAAGACCGUAAACAUUUCCAACUAUUGAAGGAUGUCGGGGAUCACAGUGAAUUCGGAUUGUGGAGAAUGUUCACCCCCUUCGCAUGAGCCUUGCACCACGGAAUUACACCCAUACUCUAGCAUCGAUGACGAUGAUGAACUUCUGAAGUAUAUUUGGAGGGAAUAUUUGCAUCCUAAGCAAUAUGAAUGGGUUCUUAUUGUAGGAUACAUAAUUGUUUUUUUUGUUUCUCUCAUUGGAAACACACUAGUUUGUUUUGCAGUGUGGAAAAACCAUCACAUGCGCACAGUGACCAACUGUUUCAUUGUGAAUCUCUCCUUUGCUGAUGUCCUGGUCACCAUCACCUGUCUCCCGGCAAGUCUUGUGGUAGACAUUACAGAAACAUGGUUCUUUGGAAACACUCUUUGUAAAAUACUGCCUUACUUACAGACAAUCUCCGUAUCUGUGUCAGUCUUGACUCUGAGCUGCAUUGCUCUCGACCGCUGGUACGCAAUCUGCCACCCGCUGAUGUUCAAAAGCACGGCCAGGCGUGCCCGCAAGAGUAUCCUCCUCAUCUGGGGGGUUUCCUGUAUCAUCAUGAUCCCCCAGGCCAUCGUGAUGGAGUGCAGCAGCCUGCUCCCUGAGCUCACCAACAAAACCAGCCUUUUCACUGUGUGUGAAGAGCGCUGGGGAGCUGAUGUCUACCCCAAGGUGUAUCACACCUGUUUCUUCAUCGUCACAUACUUCGCUCCCCUCUGUCUGAUGGUUCUGGCAUACAUCCAGAUAUGUCAUAAACUGUGGUGUCAACAGAUUCCUGGGACGUCAUCUGUGCUACAGAGGAAGCGGAUGCCCCUCCAGGGUUCCACUUAUUCUCCAGGUCCUGGGGAGUCAGCCAGGGUCCGGACCAGCACAGUGUCCGCUGAGAUCAAACAGGUCCGGGCCCGCAGGAAGACAGCCCGCAUGCUGAUGGUGGUCCUCUUUGUCUUUGCCCUCUGCUACCUGCCCAUCAGUGUACUCAACAUAAUGAAAAGAGUGUUUGGGACGUUUAAGUACACAAACAGCAGAGAGACUGUAUACGCCUGGUUCACGUUCUCACAUUGGCUGAUAUAUGCCAACAGUGCUGCAAAUCCAAUCAUCUAUAACUUUUUAAGUGGGAAGUUUCGAGCGGAAUUCAAAGCAGCAUUUUCCUGUUGCUCUUUUGGCCGAUGUCAGAACCAAACAGAGGGCCUAAGGAGAAGAAUAAACACCGACAGCCGUAAAUCCUUGUCCACUCAAGUCAACAACAUGGACAAUGUCUCACGGAUAUCUGACCAUGUGGUUUAAUCCUAUACUGGGGCAUGCUGGGAGAUCUUAUAAUUGCACCAUGCCACCCAGGACACACUGGCAUUCACUGUCUCCAUGAUACAAAGGUCACGAAUAGAACACAUUGUAAACGUCAAGCUUUUAAUAACAGACAUCUUGAAUAGACCACAUACUCUGACUGGACUGAAAGCACUCAAUAUCCACCAACCUGUGUGACAGCAAAUCCCUCCCCUGCUGGAACUUCUACCCAGGGGAAGAGAAGUGAUUUGAAUGAGUCGUGUCUGUUACAGAUGGAUAACCGUUCUAUUGGCUCCAGUCUUUGGUUCUCAUCCCACCAGAGGCAGGAAUUAGCACCCCAUGGUGUUGUACACCUCACCAGAAAGCACAGACUGAAGGAUGAAUCACAAUGCAAAGAUUAAACCCUAUCAACGUUUAUUAUCAAAGCUUCUUAAAUCUGAAGAUGGAUUACAAAAUAACAAUUUGUUUGUUAAUUAGCCACAAUAGUGUACUACGUGUGUA